AUGUCUAAUGAUGGGAAGAUUCCUGAUAUCGAGGAGGAAAUUAUCAAGCUCCGGGGUGAGGUUGAAUUCGUUGUGACUUACGAAACCUACAUCAAGGGAGAUCCGCGUCCAACUGAAGCGAUCCUUCGAACCAUGUCAAUAAACCUCUUUCUGUGGGACGACCGACUACUAGUAUCAGGCCUUCAAUUCUUACGAUGGAGAUGUAGCCAUGAAUUCAAGCUGACAAUCAAGCGAGAAGCUGACCCGGACUCUGCCAUGGAGUGGAUACUGCCAUUUCAGCCCAGGUCAGAUACCGGUUCAAGGACUUUGACGGCGGAGGUCGAUAUCCCGAUGCGUUUUCAGGGAGUAGAAACAAUGCUCGUCGAAAUCGGUUCAAACGGUCCGAUGCCGGUUUAUGAUAUACGUGGUGUGGUGCUGGGGUUUCGAAACAUGCACAUUCGCAUUAGGGCUUUUGGAGAGGAUGAAGAUUGUGUUCCGAAGUCGAGGCAUGUUUACAAGGACGAGGCGUGGAACAGAGACUGCGAGAUAUUGGCUAGGCAUCAUCUCGACAGCUUACUCAUGGACGGUCUCGACGGGUUAUAG